AAGCAACUGUUUUCGAGAGACAGCCUCUUGGGUGACAAAAGUCAGAGACCAUCCCAGCAAAACUUCCAACUCUGAGUGCUGUCUGAUGCUUUUCUCACUCCUCAUUGGCCAAGAAGAGAAAACCACAAAAAAUAAAUGUGCUUCUAAAGUUUACAGUAAACUCUCCCCAGCCUCUCCCUCCCCUCUUUCAUUCUUUCAGAGAAGAAGUCAAAGGAAGUCUGAUGCUAAGAUGCCUGCAGGUUGUUGGAGCAAUUUUGUAAUCUGUUACCUUUAAAAGAACCAGGAAAUAUUUCAAGUGGGAGAAAGUCUGUGCCAUACGAUAGUGAUACACAUUUUAUAUUUUUUUAUUGAGAAAAGAAGAGAUCUGAAAACGCUCACAAGCAAAGAAGGCUUGAAGAGAUCACUUUUGAAGUUUAUCUUUUUGGAUUAAGCUGGACACUCGCCCUUCUCUUCUUCGCCAUGAUCCAAUGCUAUGGGACCCGUCUCGGAUCAUUCCUUGCAAUCACAAUGUUGUUUCUACUCAGAGAGGUCAAAGGAAAUUUUGAGCUAACCAAAUCUAAAUGGCUUGAAUAUAAAGAUGAAUGUUUGAAGAGACUACAAGAAUCUCAGAUUAGCAAAGGAAUAUAUUGUAAUGGAAGUUUUGAUCAGUUUGCUUGCUGGCCUCAUUCGCCACCAGGAAAUGUCUCUGUUGCUUGUCCAUCUUAUUUACCGUGGCUUAAAAAUGGAAGUGCAAGAAACGUAUACAGAGUCUGCUUGGAUCAAGGGAUUUGGCAAAACAUCGAAAAUACAACAGAGGUUUGGAAUAACCGCUCAGAAUGCCUUGAGGAGAAUGAUUUCAAAGUAAAACCAGAAGACCUUGCAUUGUUUAUGGUACUUGAAAAACUUUCUACUGUGGGAUAUUCUAUUUCUCUUGUUUCCCUUGUCUUAGCAUUCAUCAUUCUGCUGUUAUUUAGGAAACUCCAUUGCACGAGAAACUACAUCCAUAUGAAUCUCUUUGCUUCAUUUAUCCUCCGAGCUGCAGGAGUUCUGAUAAAAGACAGCAUAACACGCAGUACUUACAAGUUUAUUUCUUCAGAAUCGGAAAUGCCGGCUGAUGAAAGUGGAUGGAUCUCUUCCUUGAGUCCAGAGAAACUAGCCUUAUGCAAAAUGGGUCCUCUUUUCAUGCAUUAUGUUGUUGGAGCAAAUUCUUACUGGCUUUUAGUGGAAGGAAUUUACCUCUACAGGCUAUUAGUAGCUACUGUGCUGUUUGAGAAACAUCAGCUGUUGAGAUACAUCUUCAUUGGAUGGGGUUUUCCAGUUUUGUUUGUAGCUCCUUGGGGAAUAUUAAAAUACCAAUUGGAUCAUAACGUAUGCUGGUCAACAAAUGAGAACAUGAUAGUCUGGUGGAUCAUUCGAGGACCCAUGUUAUUUUCCAUUGUUGUUAAUUUCUGCAUCUUCCUGAUCAUUCUGAAACUGUUACUUUCCAAACUUAAAGCUCAGCAGAUGACCUUUCGUGACUAUAAGUUCAGGUUGGGAAGGUCAACUAUUGUGUUAAUACCUUUACUUGGAAUUCAUGAGAUCGUUUUUAGUUUCAUUAUGGAUGAUCACGUUGAAGGAUUCUCCAGGAAUGUCAAAACCUUCAUCCAGCUAACCAUUGGCUCUUUCCAUGGUUUUCUCGUAGCACUAUUAUACUGCUUUUAUAAUGGCGAGGUAAAGGCUGAAUUACGCAAGCAAUGGUCUCGUUUCUUGCUAGCAUAUCCCUUUGUCUGUAUGCCCUGCUUUCUUGGAAAGAACAUCAAGCACCUAAGGAAAUGUCCAAACAAGCACCAUUUGAGCAAUAACAAUCCCUCCCUUGAGGUGACACAGCCUCCCAAGAAGCAAGCGGCCAAAGUGAGAACAUGCUACAAUAUGGAACGAGGCCCCACAGAAAGACACAACUUCAGAGCAAGUGUUUCUGAUAGCAGCGAAGAAGAAAUCGCCAAUGGGGAGACCAUUGAAGAGGCUCUGGAGGAAAAUGAGGGUUAGAACCUUUAAGAGAAAAUGAAUUUGUUGGGAUCUAUCUUUUGCAUGGAAGCAACUGGAAUUAAAGAUCCUAUGGAAAGGGCAAAAUGAAAGCAGCUUUGGUACAUCCCCACCCCCUCCCCGCCCCAAUCCAUUCUUCAUUUUGUCAGUAAAACAAAUAUUGGCAUAGGCUAGGAGCAGCAAUAGGUCACUUUUCUUAGUUCUCAGGAACUGGAUCUGGUAUCAACACUAUAUGGAAUAAAAUGAUGUCUCUCUCACACACGCAGUGAGAGAGUCUGCUGCUCCUUCUGAAACUUCCAGCAUGAGGUCCUACCAGAGGCUGACUGCUACUCUGACUGAACCAAGGUUCAGAUUUCAGGAGGCUGCACUUCAGGACUACAAGGCCUCUUAUGAUACCACUGAAACAACUAGCUAAAUGCACCAAGUGAAUAAAGGAACUGGUCUGAGAGUCAGUUUACCAUACAUUUAGAUGCUUGCAUGUAUACACCUGAAAGCAUAUUUUUUAGCCUUUGCUAAAAUAAUAGUUAAAUCAGAGCAACCAUGUUUUAGGACACAGUUAUUAAUGCUUUGUUUUUCCAAUAUAUUUUGCAAGUCCUAAUUUCUGUUAUUCUUUCAAUAUAUCUAUAAAGUAAAUCACUAUGACUUCCAUUACGUAAUUAGAAAAUUAAUUUGACUUAAUCCAAAGGAGAAAAAUCUGAGAAGUUUGAAACAGCUGGAUGAAAUGAAAAAUAAAAUAAAAAAAUAUGAGGAGCGAUCGGGAGCUGAGAGAUUGCUGUAUGAAUACAUCUUAUUUCUCAAAUAGAAGGACAAGCUGAAAUGCAACUUAAAAAGGCAAGAUGAAGUAGUAAUCAAAGGCAUUGGCAAGCAGUUGGAAAGGCUUCAUUUAGGAAUGUGUAUUUGUUCUCAAUGCUUUUGUUUUAAAGGAAGAAUGACAGAAGCUCUUAUCUCUUUCAUUCCUGUCUAUGUUUCUUGUCCACAUUGUCCUCAACUGUAUUUCUUUCCAGAAGAAAGAGAAUAGAGGAACUCCAAGCUCCAAAGUAACCAGAAGCAUCUGCAUUCUGUCCCUGGAUUCAUAAGAAAUGCUAGGUUUCUUCCUCCACUAUCUUGGGUUGUGGGUUACCUUCAGUUACUGAUUUUAUUUAACUGCAUGCAUUGGCCACUGCUGCAGUAUUUUCUCUUCUUGCCAGUUGAUGGCUUUUGCCCUUGCUCCAAUAAUUAGGUUUAUCUAAUAAGUAUGGAAACAUGGACAUGACAUUGCACAUGAGUUUAGUUUAAUCAGAGUUUAGAUGUAAAUGAAAUUAACCUUAGUUUAAUUAUAAUCACUAUUCUUAAUCUCAGGUAUCUGUCACAAGAUUUACAGUAUCUCAUAUUGCUAUUGUAAAACAGGACUUUUAUCCUAGGGAAGUUCAAAGACGUCCUACUUAUACCCAUUCUCCUCAUGUAAAGGAGUUGGCUUUGUGUUACGGUUUGGCUUUGUGUUAUAGGUAGCCAGUGAUUGGAGGUUGGAAAAGUGGACACAGACUUAAAUGCACAAGCAAUUGAAAGCAAAGUGGAGCAAAUUCCAACCAUACCAACUUCAGAAGCUCCAACAGUCAAUAGACAGCCUGCAGCUGUAAUAACAUUUCCCCCUUGCAGCCUUUGCUUUAAUGGCAGGAUCAAGGAAUCCAAAGUUAACAUACCAAUAAAAAAGGGAGUAUAAAGGGAGUUACUAAUAAAAAAGGGAGUAUAAUGAAAUGGGGAAAUAUUUACUCCUAGAAGGAUUUUUCUAGUACAGAAUAAACAGUAGUAUAAUUAGUAGAUAUGUCUUGAUUCAAGGAGGGAAAAAGAGGCAAUUUAAUAACAUUAAUUCUGGAAAGAAACCUAAACAUGGUAAAUGUUCUAGACACACUGGAUUUAAAUGGAGAGACUAGGGCAUGAAAAAAGAGAAAUAGAUAAAAGAAAAGAUGCUAAAAUGACUUUUGGAUAAAUUAGUAGCCUGUAGAAGGGGUGGGUGAGGAAGAUAGAUGAAAUCUGACUGAGCACAAUCUGCUUACCAUGACAUCCAUGAGUAUAUAAGACCA